AUGCGUGUCGAAUUCGCCGUGUCCUCGCCAUCCGAAAGUACCACGGACUACAUGUUGGAUAUGAGCAGCGGCCAGGCGCCCUCUUCUUCUACGGAAGGUGUUCAAGGACUGGCCACACAGCCGACGUCAUCAUCUCAGUCGCAAGUGCACAAAAAUUUGCGCCGAGGCCACACACUUCAUGGGAUGCAGAAUGAAGAAGAGCAGCGCAAUAUCAUUUCGCUUCGGUAUCGAGCUGAUAGUAUGGCCGACUCAGUUGCAUCUGAUACCAAACCUGACGCCGAGACCAAGAUCUGGAACCUCUUUGAGCAGGUCUUUUGCUUUCUUAAAGGCAUGACUAUCUACCAGACUCGAAAACGUCUCAAGUUUACGAUUGUAUCGCAGACUGUCAUUAAUUCGUUACGUAUUUUCCCGAUUAUUUUGGGUCUGAGUUUUCAGGCCACUCUGCCCGUUCUCAUUCUUUACAUUACGAUCGUACUGGGCUGGCACGGCACAAAGUUUCUCGUACCCAAGUUUUUGCUGAGUUACAAGAUUGGCAUGCAACUCACGCUGAUUGUGGACGUUAUUUGGUACUCGAAGGGGUACAAUGGCAAGCUCAAUAGUGUCAGCAGCGGUACUUCCGUGCUUAUGCAGGGAUUCUUUUCCAUCUUGUUGACCAUGCUUAAUAUUAUGGGCUUCAUGUAUGGCUGGAAGCUCCGACGAAUUGUCAAGGCAGUGCAGAACCAGCGAGAAUGCGACCGCGCUGCUCUCGCCACGGCGAUGCCGUCUCCCACACGGGGCAAUUCACUGCACCAGACAAUGUCUAUCAACCCGUCGGCCGGGGAGACGGACGAGGACGUCGGACCGUCGGCACGUCGGAAAUUUGUUGUAAGUCCAGACGUUUUAAAUAGCAAGUUGCGAGGCAGUGAGUCGAGAUUCUCGUCGAAGUUGCCGGAUGCUUUGAAGAGCAAGGCGCAGCGAAGAAAGAAGGCAGAGGCUGAAGAAGAGGCACCUGUCUUCUGCUCCAACCUCAUCAUUACGAGCAAGUACACAUAUUACAACUUCCUGUUCGUCUUUCUCAAGAUGCAGUUCAGUCGACUGGCGAACUUGUACACGACCAUCGUGGUGGCAUUGUGUUUCUUCGACUUUUCGCCAGUGAGCCCCAUAGCUAGUUUAACGCCACUGUUGAUUGUGUUUGCGACGUCCGCGCUGAAGGACGUGAGUGAAGAUCUUCGCCGGCAAAAGGGAGAUACUAUGGUGAAUUCAAGACCGGCACACAUCGUUCGCUAUGAUACGGCGGGUAAGGUGCAACAUAUUGAUGGCACUUGGCAAGACAUCGAGGUGGGUGAUAUUUUGCUAUUGAAAGACGGCGACCAGGUUCCUGCGGACUGCAUCCUGCUAGCCACAAGUCGGCCUGAUGGCCGGUGUUACGUGGAGACAGCCAACCUGGAUGGCGAAACGAAUUUGAAGAUUCGCCAGGUAGCCAGUUGCACGAAGCAUUUUGUUACUGCUGAAGAGAUUUUAGAAUGUCACGAGCUCGAGGUGGAAUGUGAUGUGCCCAAUAAGGAUCUGUUUUACUUAGAUGGUGUGUUAAAGGUCAAGAAUAUUGCGGGUGAAACUGUUGCGGACACCGAGAAAGAGGACACGGAGACGAGUAUUACUAUGGAUAACUUGGUUUUACGUGGUAGUGACAGCCGCAAUGCCGAGUGGACGCUUGGACUUGUGAUUUACACUGGCAAAGAAACGAAAGUUCAGAUGAACUCGGUGGCUGUGCCGCUUAAACGUAGUUUUGUGGAGAAGACGUUGGAUACGAUGUUUGUGCUAGUUUUGAUGCUACUUUUCGGAAUUUCGAUUGCUUGUACAUUGGGCAACAACAACUGGGACUUGGACCUGGCCGAUGAUUCGACACCGUGGUACAUUCAAGAAGAAUCAAACGGCUAUAUCUUUUUGAGUUACGUGAUCCUGUUCAACAACUUGAUUCCGCUAUCGAUGUAUGUGACGAUGGAAGGUGUGCGUUUUGUUCACGCACGCUAUAUCGAAAACGAUCUGGAAAUAUACGACGAGAAGACGGAUACACCGGCACAGGUUCGCAACAGCAACAUCAACGAAGAUCUUGGACAGAUCCAGUAUAUUUUCUCUGACAAAACGGGUACACUUACUUGUAACGAAAUGAUCUUUGCAAAAUGUACCAUUGCGGGACUGCGCUACAAUGACAUUGAGGUAGACACAAUGAAACAAGGAAGACCUGGCACCAAGUUCAGCGACGGUCGAUUACUGGCGCGUUUGAACUCAAACCACUCUACAAAAAAGGAAAUUCAUGAUUUUCUUCUCUUGCUGACAAUCUGCAACACUGUGAUUCCUGAGACCAGUGCUUUGUUGUCACCCACAUCUAGUAGUGACUCAUGCUCUGCCCAAACGCCAACGAUAAAAUACAAUGCGUCUUCUCCCGAUGAGGAGGCACUUGUGUUGGCUGCUGCUGACCUCGGUUAUGUGCUGUCUUCGCGUGACGGUCCAAUGUGUCAUGCUGUCAUUCAGGGCAAACCCAUGUCGUUUGAAAUUCUGAAUGUGCUCGAGUUUAACAGUGAUCGAAAACGCAUGUCGGUAGUUGUGCGAUUUCCCGAUGGAAGUAUCGUGCUUUACUGCAAGGGCGCUGAUGAUAUAAUUUUUGAUCUGCUGUCAAAAUCACAGCCACAGGGCGUAGCGCACGUGACGCGUGGUCAUCUCCAGGAGUAUGCAUCGGAGGGUCUUCGAACUUUAACAACAGCUGUACGUCACCUUACGCAGGAGGAAUAUGACCAAUGGAAUCAAUUGUACCGCCAAGCGGAAUUUUCGAUGGAGGGACGUGCCGCUAAGAUUGCCAAAAUAUCGGCUAUUAUUGAGACUGAGUUGACAUUGCUCGGUGCGACGGCCAUUGAAGAUCGAUUGCAGGACGGGGUGGAGGAGUCUAUUUGUGCGCUGCGCAAGGCAGGCAUAAAGUUCUGGGUGCUCACGGGCGACAAAAAGGAAACCGCGCUAAGCAUUGGCAUGUCGUCGCACGUGAUUGAUGAUAACAUGGAUGUAAUCGUAUUGGGGCAGCGUGACAAGGGAUCACUACGUACAAAAUUGGAGGAGUUGUACGUCGACCUUGUUGAAGACAAGUGGGGAUCAGAUGAAACCUCGUCGGCGGUUAGUGUACUGUGGGAAGCUUUAAUGCUAACUAUUAUGUACUUGUGGGAUCUACUGAAGAUGGCUCUGGUGGGGCGCAAUGAAGAAGCAGAGGCUCGAAAGAAGAGAAGACGCGUUCCACGCCGAGAACAUGCCGAUGUGGAUGCACCGAUCGAUACCACUGGUCACUACAAUGAGGUUUAUCCGGCCCUUCCAAACCGUGAUGUGUCCGAGAAGAGCUUUGACCGAGAUCUUUGUGAUCACAACUUUGAGCCAAAAGCUGAUGCAACGACAGGCGGUACUGAUAGCAUGAGCAGCGAAGACUACAUUGAUGAAGAGCUGGAGUUUGCCAUGGUGAUUGAUGGUAAAACGCUUGCGCUGGUGCUAGAUGAUGAUAUCAAGUACCUGUUUCUGGCAGUAGCUACGCAGUGCAAAUCAGUGAUUUGUUGUCGCUGCUCACCCGCUCAAAAAGCGUCGGUGGUGAAGCUUGUUACGGAGCCCACACUCAUGUUCUCUCCAGGCAAUAUUACGCUUGCCAUUGGGGACGGUGCUAAUGAUGUGCCGAUGAUUCAGGCCGCUAACGUGGGUGUCGGUAUCAGUGGAAAAGAGGGCCGUCAAGCUGUUCUCUCCAGCGAUUACUCAAUUGCUGAGUUUCAGUAUUUGAAACGUCUGCUGUUGGUUCACGGCAACUACAGCUACAAGAGGAUAUCCAAGCUCAUCUUAUUUUCGUUCAUGAAAAAUGUGGCAUUAUCGAUGUCCAACUUCUUUCUGGCGAUGGAGACAAUGUACAGCGGUUUGCUGAUGUAUUUCAGCAUCUUCUUCACGCUAUACAAUGCGCUCUUUACGACGAUUCCUAUUGUACUUAUUGCCAUGUACAACCAGGAUGUGUCUCCUGCAGUGCUGAUGCAAUACCCGACGUUGUACGUGAACGGUCUAAAAAAUCGAUCAUUUAACUGGAUGUCUUUUUUUGGCUGGUGCGUGCUAGGCACGUGGCAUGCUUAUGUGGUUUACGCGGUGCCGUUCUUCACAAACGGUUCCAUUGUCUGGUACUUUUCGAGUGACUCGUCGAAGCUCCAAUUUGACAAGCGCGAUUUGGGCCUCUGGGCGAACGGCGUCGCAUCGUACACGUACCUGAUCACAGCUUCGACGAUGCAAGUGUCGCUCAUGACGAGUAACUGGACACGACGAAACGCUAUUGCAACUGUUGGUACUCUAAUAUUUUACUAUUUGUUUACAGCAUUCUUCUGUGCUGUAUUCGGAUGGACCAAGACUGAUUUUUACGACACAGAGGCUGGCUUUGGUAUAGUAAACCAACUCGUUCGCGAAGCGUGGUUUUGGCUUGGUCUUCUGCUGUCAGUAGUGAUUGCCGUCUUACCCAACUACAUCGCUAAGGCUGGGCGAGUUUUAUUUUGUCCGGAGCCAUCUCACCUGAUGCGCGAGUGGAAUCGCCUGGCCAAAGGCGAAGACGCCGCCGUUGUGGUGGACUCGCCACGACUCGUCCGCCGCAACACGGGUUUUGCAUUUUCGCACUGUCCUGGUGAGACAGAGAUGGCAUUGGGUACCUACCGGAGCAGCAAUACGCGAGAACAGUCUCGAGUAGGCCAGAUAUCGGAGCCCUCGGAUAGUGGCGUACGUGUGCAGUCGCCGUUGUCGUCUACUGCAGACGGAUCCUCGCCAUCUCCCAAGGCAUUGCACUAG